CUGGUUAGAGCGUCAGCUCAUUCUAUGGUCACCAGAGGGCGCGAGCGUCACACAGACUAUGGGGAAGCAACUCCACCAGGAAAAUUGUGAGGCUUUUCUCUAGGGAAAUUGAGCUCACUAAGACAUCACGCUCCCGAGGGCAUACCGCGACCCUGGGGAGUUCCCCGCACUCUGCUUUGUCUGUGAGUGGACAGGGGCUAAAGAUCCUCAGAGCGGGCACAAGGUCUGGAGCCAAGUAUUAGUUUGCCAGAGGCUGAAAGUAGGGAAAGGAAUGUCAGGGUAGUAGCAACGGUUUGGGCAAAAGCCUCGAGGCAUGACGGGGUGACUGACAGUAUGUCGGGAAAGGGUUGAUGUCUCGGGAGCGAGGCUUUCGGAAGGGUUCGAGCUGGGGCUGCACAGUGUGAUCCAGGCAUAACCCUCUGAGGUCGGGAGUGAUUUUUUCUCCUGACUCUACAGAUGUGGAAACUGAGACUCCAAGAGUUUGUUACUUGCCCCGGAGGUUACCCAGCAGAGCAGGGUUUGAAUCAGAGGAGGGGGGCUGCAGGCGCCAAAGUUGAGGGCAGCCUCACCUUCUUCCCCCUCCCUCCCUCCCUAUUUGCACUGCGAGGUGGGACAGGCCCGGGGUAGCUGUAGGCUCUCAGGGCCUUAACUAGGACCAGGGAUCUCCACCUCAACUUGGGCAGGUGAUGCCUGAGUCACUUCUGCAAGUGGCAGCCGAUGAGCGAUUAAGCAUAGGGUCAGUAUGCUCUGCUAGGUGACCUCAGGUCUGGGCACUGCCUCCAGGCCUCAGUGUUCCCUCGUUACUCCCGGGGUCCGUAAGAGAUCGGCUGUGGCUGCCACGUUGCUUUCUCCCGGGGUCGAUGACAGUAGGGUGCAGCCCAGGCGGAGCAAGAAUGUUUUACUUUCCUCCACGCCUGGGAGGAGCCACGCCCCUCGUCGCGCUAUUGGCGAAAUCCCUUCCGGGGCGGGGCUGGCAUCUGGCCCCACCGCUCUGCCUGCCGUAUAAAAACGGCGCCGACAACCGGCGCGGGGAUUUUCUGGUCAGUUCGGCGUGUGCGCCUGCGCGCUUUGGGAGUAUUUGGAUCCUGAGGCUGCAGCGUCCGCACCUAGCGCUUCCGAAUCGCGAGUUCGAGGCCAGGGUCUGCAAGUCGUGGGUUCGCACCCCCAGGCACGAUGCUGUUCGACAAGGUGAAAGCGUUCGCGGUGCAGCUGGAUGGUGCGAUCGUAGGCGCUGAGCCCGUGUUCAGCGGCGGCCAGGUCGUGGUGGGCCGGGUGCUGCUGGAGCUAGCGGGCAAGGCGCGCGUGGGUGCUGUGAGGCUGCGCGCCCGGGGCCGCGCCCACGUGCACUGGACCGAGUCACGCAGCGCGGGCUCGAGCACCGCGUAUACGCAGAGCUACAGCGAGCGCGUGGAGGUCGUGAGUUACCGUGCCACGCUACUCACGCCAGACACUGGAGAGACCACGACACUGCCUCCUGGGCGCCAUGAGUUCCCCUUCAGCUUCCAGCUACCCCCGACCCUGGUGACAUCGUUCGAAGGCAAACAUGGCAGUGUCCGCUACUGCAUCAAGGCCACGCUACACCGGCCCUGGGUCCCAGCACGCCGGGCAAGGAAGGUUUUCACUGUCAUCGAGCCUGUGGACAUCAACACACCUGCUCUGCUGGCACCUCAAGCUGGGGCUCGGGAAAAGGUCGCCCGAUCUUGGUACUUUAACCGUGGCCUUGUCUCCCUCUCUGCCAAGAUUGACCGCAAGGGCUACACACCAGGAGAAGUAAUCCCCAUAUUUACUGAGAUCGACAAUGGCUCCACACGGCCUGUGUUACCUCGGGCAGCUGUGGUCCAGACACAGACCUUCAUGGCUCGAGGUGCCCGGAAGCAGAAACGCGCGGUGGUAGCCAGCCUCGCUGGAGAGCCAGUGGGCCCCGGGCGCCGGGCACUGUGGCAAGGCCGGGCACUGCGGAUCCCCCCAGUGGGUCCUUCCAUCCUGCACUGCCGAGUGCUACAUGUGGACUACACACUCAAGGUCUGUGUGGAUAUCCCUGGCACAUCUAAACUGCUCCUGGAGCUGCCGCUGGUCAUCGGCACCAUCCCCCUGCACCCUUUCGGCAGCCGUUCAUCCAGUGUGGGCAGCCAUGCCAGCUUCCUGCUGGACUGGGGGCUGGGGACUCUGCCAGAGCGGCCUGAGGCCCCUCCGGAGUACUCAGAGGUGGUAGCAGAUGAGGAGACAGCAUCCUCAGGGCAGAGCCCCUUCCCACUACUACAGGACCCUGACAUGACCCUUGACAGCCCUUUCUUUGCUUAUAUCCAGGAGUUUCGCUACCGCCCGCCGCCUCUGUAUUCCGAGGAGGAUCCAAACCCAUCUUCAGAGGCCAUGAGGCCACGCUGCAUGACCUGCUGAACAACAAAUAGACACCUCAAGGGACGAGGUUGCAUACUUGCUUUCAGCUGUUGUGAUCAUGGAGAGCAGCUUGAUCAAGGAUUGACCACCCUGAUUGUGCUGAAGUUGGGGAAACUGAAUCUCAGAGUGGAGCAAAGCUGUUCUGAUAUCACAGAGGACAGGAACCAGGCUGGAACCUGACUUAUCUGGAACGUCUGUCUUGUGAGGCAGUGAAUGCCUGGAGAUACUGUUUAACCUGUGUAUGCAGCCUGUGGGCUGUGCUGGGGUCCACUGGGAGCCUUCAGUCUGGGAGAAACAGAGCCAGACAUAGAUAAUUCCAAGUCUUGUGGAACCAGAGUAAGAGACUCGAAGCUAGGGGAGUCCAGAGGAGAAACACAGAAAGGCUUCCUGGAGGAAAAAGCAUUUUAGCUGAGGCUUUGGCGUAUACAUAGGAGCUCAGCAGGUAGACUAAUGAUGAGGAGAAGUUGGAGAAGGUCAGAGCUGAGUGAUAUUUGGAACCCACCCCCUUCAUCUUCAAACUGGGGGUUCAAAGGGCGUGUGCCUCAGUUGAGGCCACACAGUGAAGUCCAGUGGGUGACAGGGCCCAGGAACGAGGCAUUCUGGAAAACAGGUCAUUGGAGCUACGUGGGCCGGCCUGUGGGUAGCAGGAGCAGCGGGUUCUUUGAAGAUUUUGAUAGCCAGGUCCAGGCUGGAACUGCCUGGGACUUCCUCCAAGUACUGUGGGACAUCCAAGUUGUCUGAGUGUUACAUGGCCCAGGAAAUUUAGGUUCAGGGCAGGACAGACAAGACUAGGCAUAUAACUUGCAAAAUGAAACUGUUGGGCUCCCUGUUCAAGAUUAGGAAUCACAAGACAGUGACUACAAAACAUUACACCAGGCCCUAGGGAUAGAGGUCAGCCUGGGGUAACACAGGGGACCAGAGUGCUUCAGGAAGUUACCUGUGUCCUGGAGAAAAGCACUAAGGGGGGCAGCUGGACAAGCCCCUAACUGCAGAGUGCCAGCCCUGGCUAGGGCAGGAUCCCUGCCUGGGACUCAGCAUUUCUGAUAAGCCUUAAGAAAUCAAUCUUCUUUUGUACAAUUAUUUUUUAAAAAUAAAACUGUGGAGAAA